ACUCUUGAGAUUCAAGAAUCAGCUUGCAGCAAUGGACGCUGAACUUUUCAAUUCUGCAAUUUCUGGGAAUGAAAUUAGCUUUGCUUCAAAUCCCGAGCAGUUGACAGCGGGGAGGAACUCUGUUCUUCACGUGGCAGCAAAAUCUGGAAAUGUGCACGUCAUGGAGAAGGUCCUUGAUUGGAAACCACCACUUUUGUAUAUGACAAAUUCCAAAGGAAACACUGCACUACAUAUUACAGCAAGCUUAGGGCAUUAUAACUCGACAAAGCUGCUAAUAACUUUUGCAAAAGGCCAAGAAGUUGAAAUGAAAAUGGAGCUACUAAGGAAUCAAAAUCUGGAGCAGAAUACAGCACUGCAUGAGGCUAUAAGAUAUGAUCAUUACAACAUUGUGGAGUUACUAAUUCAGGAAGACCCAGGGUUGACUUUGAUUACAAAUAAUGCUGGGGAAUCCCCUCUCUUCCUAGCAGUGGAUCGAAGAUUUUAUAAAAUUGCUCUUCACAUCAUAGAUACGCCAGGGGAUCACCUCCCUUCCUAUAAGGGAAGAAAAAGCAAGAAUGUCUUGCAUGCAGCUGUCAUUAAUCGCGCAAAAAGUGGUAAUUAUCUUGAACUAAAUCUUUUGAAGUUUUCUAUUCCUUUUUUGUUUUUUAAUUUUGUGCACAAGAUGUUGGAAAAUUUUCCAGAUGCAAGUUUGGAAGCGGAUGACUCUGGCUGGAUUCCUCUUCAUUAUGCUGCACAUUUUGGCAAUGUAGAUGUUGUCGAACAAUUUUUGCAAAAAAAUAAUUCCAUUGCUUACAAAAAGGACAAUGAAGGGAUGUGUGCUCUCCACAUUUCGGCUAGGGAAGGAAAUGAGGGUGUAAUGAGAACAAUCAUUAAAAUAUGUCCAGAUACUUGUGAAUUGUUGGACGACAAACAUAGGACAGCUCUUCAUCUUGCUGUGGAAAGUGGAAGGAUAAAUGCGGUGAAACUUUUCCUAGAGACGGUAGCUUUUCAGGAUCUCAUAAAUGAGCAAGAUAAAAAAGGAAACACGCCUUUGCAUCUUGCUGCUUUGCAUCUAGAUACUUAUUCUCGAGUUCUUUUGUCUAUUGUUCUUUUGAGUCCAGCUCCCAGCUAUGUGCAUUAUAAAAUAUUAAAGAUUCUUGCACACGACAGGAGAAUUGACAAGUGGACUAGGAACGAGGAAGGGAUGACCACCGCUCACAUUAUUCAAUCAAAUAACCAGCUUCUAUGGUUUCAAAAGGGGGUGCUCAGGAUGAAGGGCCUGAUGGACUGCUGCUUGUCCCAGGCGAUGGUGGUGGAUCGUGUGAGGGCUAGGGCAGAGGCGUUGGAGGACGAGCCCGGUGAGUUGAAGGCCUGGAAGGCCGUCUAG